AUGUUCAUCUUGCUCCUUAAAUAUAAAUAUAAGACGCUCCUUAAAUAUAAGGAGCAAGAUGAGCAUGUAGCCAACUAUGUGCCAUUGCCUUUAAGUCUGACCAGCAUUACCUGUCGUGGAGGAGACGGGGUGCACGGUGGAGCAGGUGGAGGAGACGGGGUGCACGGUGGAGCAGGUGGAGGAGACGGGGUGCACGGUGGAGCAGGUGGAGGAGACGGGGUGCACGGUGGAGCAGGUGGAGGAGACGGUGUGCACGGUGGAGCAGGUGGAGGAGACGGGGUGUACGGUGGAGCAGGUGGAGGAGACGGGGUGCACGGUGGAGCAGGUGGAGGAGACGGGGUGCACGGUGGAGCAGGUGGAGGAGACGGGGUGCACGGUGGAGCAGGUGGAGGAGACGGGGUGCACGGUGGAGCAGGUGGAGGAGACGGGGUGCACGGUGGAGCAGGUGGAGGAGACGGGGUGUACGGUGGAGCAGGAGGAGGAGACGGGGUGCACGGUGGAGCAGGUGGAGGAGACGGGGUGCACGGUGGAGCAGGAGGAGGAGACGGGGUGUACGGUGGAGCAGGUGGAGGAGACGGGGUGCACGGUGGAGCAGGUGGAGGAGACGGGGUGCACGGUGGAGCAGGUGGAGGAGACGGGGUGCACGGUGGAGCAGGUGGAGGAGACGGGGUGCACGGUGGAACAGGUGGAGGAGACGGGGUGCACGGUGGAACAGGUGGAGGAGACGGGAGAUGGGAUCAUACAAGAAGAGGCUCUAAGGCACAUUACGCAGACAGAACCCGGUUACUGGCUCUAGCAGGCAGUGUCACCCAGCCCCCCACUAGUGCCCGUGUCACCCAGCCUGCCGCUAGUGCCCGUGUCACCCAGCCUCCCACUAGUGCCCGUGUCACCCAGCCUCCCACUAGUGCCCGUGUCACCCAGCCUCCCACUAGUGCCCGUGUCACCCAGCCUGCCGCUAGUGCCCGUGUCACCCAGCCCCCCACUAGUGCCCGUGUCACCCAGCCCCCCACUAGUGCCCGUGUCACCCAGCCCCCCACUAGUGCCCGUGUCACCCAGCCCCCCACUAGUGCCCGUGUCACCCAGCCCCCCACUAGUGCCCGUGUCACCCAGCCCCCCACUAGUGCCCGUGUCACCCAGCCCCCCACUAGUGCCCGUGUCACCCAGCCUCCCACUAGUGCCCGUGUCACCCAGCCUCCCACUAGUGCCCGUGUCACCCAGCCUCCCACUAGUGCCCGUGUCACCCAGCCUCCCACUAGUGCCCGUGUCACCCAGCCUCCCACUAGUGCCCGUGUCACCCAGCCUCCCACCACCACCACAAAAACUGACGGGUCGCGCCGUGAUGUCCGCCGCAGAUAA